AAACCACAAGAUCAUUCUUUAGAAUUGAUAGGGCCAAUUCCCAGAACGGUGAGAUUUUUCGGCGCAACUUCCAAUAAUGCGUACAUUUUAGUACUUGAACUGAAUGGCAUUUUCGAAGCCCUAGAUGAGGAAAAUCUCAACAACUGUCGCCAGUGUCUUGUACAAACCUGA